GCAUUCAUUCAGCUACAUCGGCUGUGCAACAGGAGAUAAAAGAUGUGGCCCAUAAUGUGUAUGAGCACCUUGCCCUAACUUUGGCAGCCAAGGAACAGGACAUCAAGGCCGGUAGAGGUGCCCGCCAGAGACAAGUGCUGCUAACACUUUGUGCUCUUAGUGUUCAUUAUCAACCUGAUGAUGUCACUGUUGCUGUUGGCAGUGGCGUUCUUACAAUCCUUUCGCAGCUGUGCAUUCAACAUUCGUCUAGUCUGAGACCAUUGUCUUCUUCUGAUGCUUGCAUGUCUGAACUCUCCACCAUUGUACAGGUUGCUAGCUUGCGAUUACUGCAAAUCCUUGCUAUCACCACUGAAAUUCAUGCUGAAAAGUUGAAGAGCCAGGUGAUACAUGCAAUUGUUGAGCUCCUGUACAACCAGCUGAUAACACUUGUAAAAAUGGCUUCAAGGUCAUACACACUAGAAGAUAAACCAGAAGACAAGACUACUCAUGAUGGUAGCAAGGGCAAAACAAAAGCCAAAAAAGGCGUCCAUGUUAGCAAGAAAUUGAAGGGUAUGGCAGAGUCAUCGUUAGGUGACCUUUUAGUCUUUCUCCAUCGAGUGUCAUCGUCAUCCUUGAUUAUGGCAAAUAAGAUGGCUAGUGAUGAAUGGCUUACUUUACUAUUACACAUCACUGGUCAAGACAGUACAACAGCUCUUCCUCACAUUCAAAAUCUGAGAACACAAUUACUAGCACUACAUUUGUUGGACUACAUACUAUCCCACAGUGUAGGCUUGAAUCAGACUCAGCAGUCACAGGUGGUGGAAGUAUUAUUAACAAACAUCUCAGCGAGUAUGUGGUCGACACCGAUCGCUGCUGCCAAGAAGAAAUUUCUCAAAGAGUUGCAGAAGCCUGAGCAGGUACCUGAGCAUGUUAGCCGGGAUGCUGAGGAUGAAGACGAUUCAUGUAGCCAAUCCAUGCAAGAUGUACUUUUUGAUGCAGAAAAGGCUGUCUGCUGCAGUGUUGAGGAAGGCAGCACUCUAGUGCAUGGAUCAGGAGGAAGGGGCUAUGGCUUAGCUGUCACAGGAAUUACUAGUGGUUGUUAUCAAUGGAAGUUUGUAAUUGUUAAAGAAAACAAAGGGAAUGAAGGUACCUGCGUAGGUGUCUCUAAACACCCAGUACGCGACUUUAGCCAUCGGAACACGGGUGACAUGUGGUUGUACAGAGCAUACAGCGGUAAUCUGUACCACAAUGGCGAACACUCGAUCACGUUCCCCGGAUUUACACAAGGAGACAGCAUCACCUGUGUACUGGAUAUGGAAGCAAGGACAGUGUCAUUUGGCAAGAAUGGAGAGGAUCCCAGAUUAGCAUUCGAGGACAUAGAUGCAAAUGAGUUGUAUCCAGUUGUGGUAUUUUACAGCACAAACCCAGGAGAAAAAGUUAAAAUUUGUGAUAUGCAGGUUCGAGGAGCUCCACGAGAUUUAUGUGCAGGAGACCCGUUCUGCGCACCAAGUGCAUGUGCAAUGGCUGAGGCUAAUAUUUCUCUAAUCCGGUCACUACAGCGAAACAGUAACUGGUCUAAAUCUGUUAACGCUAAGAUUAUUGAAAGAAUGCAAAACUUGGGCCAACUCUACGCUUCAAGUAAAGAUAAAACGAUUGAAAAGGAUAAAAAACAGGAUAGACAAGUGGAAGAACAAGAAUUACAGGAGAUCCAGAAUUCUGAUAAGAAAAAGUGUGAGAAAAUUAGGCAAGGUGAAGAUGAUUUAGUAAAGGAUGUUGAUGAUGAAAACAAAAAACAAAACCCAGUCAAAGAUUUCAAUUCUCUUUGCUGUACUGUUUGGCCUGUAUUAGCUGUAAUUGGUGGAGUGGACCAAGGUCUUAGAAUGGGAGGACGAUGUAUUCACAAGCAAACAUCAAGGGAAGCCACUCUGCUAGGUGUUCUGAAAGAAGGUGGAACAUCAGCAAAGGUACAGUGGGAAGACACGGAAGCAACAGUAAGUGAUACUGCUAUAUCUGGGUUAGAACCUGUCGAGUCUGUCGCGUUUGAUGCAUCUACAUUGAAUGGUCUUAAUGCUGACAUCAUGUCAAACCUCUUAUUAUUGUGUGGAGUAGAUGACGAGCAUAUUAGGAUUGAGAAGAAACAUUCGCAAGCACAAGCAAAAGUAGCAAAGCAGCGAGCAAAGAAACAGAAAGAACAAGAUGAGAUAGAAAAAAAAUUAGAUAGUGACAUAGCAUCAGCUUUAGAGUUCGAAAACAACAAAGUUAAUCCAGAAUGCCAAAGACUCUCAGGCAAUAAUCUAGAUGCACAAUCAUCCCAUAAUUCCUCUGACUCUUUUGUAGCGAUGCUCUCAGAUGGAUCAGAUACUUCAAGAUUUGCAACUGGCACUGAUUUUGAUUCGGGUGCAACAUCCUCGGUUAAAGAACUACAGGGCUUAUCAUUUGCAAAAUCAUUAGCCUUGUGCAGUGAGUCAGAUCAUAACAUUGCAGAAGUAGUUAGUGCAUAUGAGAGAACUGAAGCUAUCGGUACAUCGGCUUUAGAAAGCCAUGAAGUUGCGCAUGGUGUUACUAGCCAAGUUGCAGAGGCUGUAUUUCACAAUAUAAAGACAGAACUACUAAAUACAAGAUCAGUGAAUGAGGAAAAACAGGUUCUCAAUAAAGAAGAUGAAGACUUAAAAUAUUCAUCAUCUAGGAAAGAAAGAGUAUGUGCUGAUAUUCCAAGAGUGUCAUCUGAAGAAAGCGUGAAGGAAAGAAUGAAUAAAAAAGUAUCCAGAUUGACAAGUUCUGAUUUGAAUGAACGUACAGGACAAGCUGAAAAUGAAAUGUUAGCAAUUAAAAAAACAUUUAUUCAGGUUGCUGCAUUGAAAAGUUUAAGCGUCAUCAUAGGAUCGGGCAAAUUUGCAGAGGUUUUAUUGAUGCCAAAGUCACAUGAAAAAGAAGAAAAAAAAAGUGACAUGUCAAAAUCCGAUGGAGGAAAGGCCUCCAAGAAACAAGGGGAUGAAUCAGUGGGAGAUAUGCAAGAGACAUUACGAUACAUUAUGCGACACUUGGUGAAGAGAGCUGUCAUGCCAUCACCCAUUAAAAGGAUUGUCAGCUUAGCUGAACUGGAGCGAGCGCACUCUGUUUUAUUAAAGAUGACUGCUGAGGGCCCAUAUUUACAAACAGAUGAUGGAGAAUCAAAAUUAGUUGGUAAUGAUGUAUGCAGAAGCAGCUCAAGUGAUUAUAUCAAGGAGGCCAAAAGCAGUCCUAGCCAAGCAACACAGGCAGAGGGCCCUGCAUCAGUCAGCACCUCAAAGCUUGCUACUUCAUCUACUGGGCCUAUGAGAUAUGUUAGACGCCUCUCUAGGAAUAUCGCAUCAGCCUCCUUAAGCUCAUUACUGAGAAGAUCCAAUCGACCUCAGGCCACACCCCCAGGUUCACCACCAGUGUCCCCUCUGGAAUUAGAUGCAGCCCCUCUACUAAGCUCAUUAAGGGAACCACCCACUCCUGGAGUAAGUAGUGCAAGUAGAAAGUCACUACCAAUGGACUCUCCACCAACUAUCAGUCGAUCUCUGCUUGAUAUGGGCUUUACAAUGAACCACAUUCAACAGGCUUUACUAGCAACAGGUUCUUCACGUGAUGGAGAUAUUCAACGCAUUAAUGUUCUUGUAUCGUGGAUGGUGGAGCAUCCUUACACUGAGGAAGAUGAGGAUGGUGAGGAGGGUGGAGCAGAAGCUACUCCUCCUCCUCCUUCUCUAGCUGCCAGUCUUCAGUCAGCAACCUCUGACCCUUUACCCAUUGCUCCUAUUGCAGAACGUGAAAGUUCAGCUAUCGGAUGGGAAGAGAGUGAACGUGAAGACUUUUACUCCUGUACCCAUGAGGCUACGCGAUCUAGCCAUAUCCCUUUUCUCGAUAACGCUCAUUCUUUAAGAGAAAUUAUGAUGAGGAGAGGGAGACGUAUUGAAGCCAGGAAUCUGGAGUCAAGCCUGCAGGAGCAGGUGUUAGAUGGGUUUCAUCAGGAUAUGAUGUUUGAGGACGAAGACAUGGAGCUUGACGAGGAUAUAAUGCAAGACUUGUACUCUGCUGAAGUGUCAACACUAGAUCAGGCAUUAGAUCGAGCUCGUGGCCUUUGGCACCCGGAGUUGAGUAAUGAUGGAGAGGAGGGUGAAACUAGUGUGACCUGUGAACUUUGUGGUACCACUACCAUGUAUUUCAACCGUCAUAUGCGCAUGCACCAUACUGGUUGUGGUCAAGCGUGUGGUCAGAUGGGAUAUCGUGGUAAUGGUUGCUAUGUUGGUGGCUGGUUUGGUGGCGCUUGUGGUACAGGUAGCCCGUAUUAUUUAAUGUGCCGCGAAUGUCGUGAAAGCUACCUUGGACGAAGGUUACCGAAGAAAAUAAUGUUUGAUUUCAACAUUUCUCCCGAGGGAACCAUUGAUGAUGAUUUUGAUGCAACAGGUGUUGAUGAAGAUCCCAUAUCAGGUCUGGAGCAGUUCGAAAACAUAAUGGAGAGAUUAGGCCUGUCGUCCAACCACCAAGUUGCCGACCCCGUCCAAUUUACUGAGAGUGAUCCACUUGGGGCUAAAAUGGUACAAUCGAUGUCCCUGGUAUCACAGAACAAUAUCACAGGUGGUACUAGACGGGAGGCGGGUAUUUGGCAUGUCAGCCUUGGUGAACAGGUUGCCGUGUUAACCAAUGCACAAGACAGGAAUGUAGCAUUGAGGAAGACGGCAUCAACUAUGCAGGUGUUACUAGCAAGGGCUAUUAUUAUGAGGACGCUCUCUGUACUGUCUGUCAGCUGGUCAACGAGUGAUCAGACCAAGAAUUUGGAGUUACUUGGCCUAGGUGACAUCCGUCUAGUUGUCCGAUUAAUGUGCUUAGCUGCAGCAGGUAGAGCAGAGCUGAAUGUUAUAUCAAAUAUGCCUGGGAUCCUAGAGAACUUGAGUAUCAAUCACAGCUCUGGCAUCCAGGAUGGUGUAUCACGAUCAGCAUCAAGCUUGUCUUGCCUAAGCUCUGUGAUUGGUCUUCUAUGUUCAAGUAACCAGAAUGCUUCCAAGGUACUGAUCCAACUGUGUACCCAGGAUUUAAUGACAGCUGCAUGUGGAUUGAAUACAUCUGCCAUAACCACUGGUAGAAACACUUCACGUCAAGUUGCCACGAUAUCAGAUCAAAAAGCACUUACAUCCCCUAGUUUUGCUGUCACUCAGGCACUUGUUGGCCUACUUGCAGAAACUAAAUCAUUACCUCUCAAAUCACAAGGGGAAAAACCAGAAAUGUGCAAUAAAGAUAACUUAAAACUAGGCCCUCUACAUCUAACCAAUGCUUUAGCUGCCUGUUGCCUGUCAGCUAGGCUAGCCUCCCAGUAUAAGCAGUGGGCAGCAGAGCAGCUUGUCAAGAGCCUAGCUGUACAGUCAAAAAGAAUAUACACAGGUGGAGAAAUGCUUGUUGACAUCCCAAGUAGCCUUCCUGCAUGUCCAGUCAGCAAGCUUGAUGCGCAUCAAAACGUCACAAAAUGUGUUUGGAAUGAAAAAAAGAGCCUCCUAGCAACAAGUGGACAUGAUGGUACAGUAUGUCUAUGGAAGUUGUCCAGUAAAGCGCCACAUGUGCUUCAACAGACCUUUAUAUUCAGUAAGAAUUCCGACUACAGUCAGUAUUCACUGGACGAUUACCAAGAUCAAGACAUUAACAACCUCUGUAUCAACUCUAAUGGAAGGAUCAUCGCUGGAACUCUUGAUAAUAUGCUCAACAUUUGGUUUGUUUCUGUGAACCGUGGAUAUCUUGACAUACAUUGCAAUAUAGUAACAGCCGUUACAUGGCCGCAGGAAAAAAAUCUAAUAGAAGGUAGGGUUGGUAUGUGUACAGACACACUGCUGGUCGGAAGACUAGAUGGUUCAGUUGCCGUCAUUGAGGUCAUCGACCAUUCAACAUUCCACCGAACUGAACUUGAGCAAUGUUAUCGAGAUAAUGUUGCUGUAUGCUGUUUAGCGUGGUAUGAUGAAGACCAGCGUUUUGCUGUUGGUUACAAGGAUGGCAUGAUCCAUAUGUGCAGUAGAGACUCCUUUGAAUGCGAUCCCAGUCGACCAAUCCCAGGUCAUAAGACAUCAAUCUGUAAUAUGGUGUGGGAUGUAACAGGACAUCUUCUAGCCAGCAGCGCCCUCGAUGAUGAUACUGUGAAUAUUUGGCAAGAGGUGAGCGGUGGCUACAACCUAGACUGCAGCCUACAACACUCCUCCAGCGUGACUACGUUUCAGUGGUGCCAGCUACCAGCGAUGUGUCACAACCCUCACCUUAUGCUGGCAAUUGGAGGUGAAGAUGGAUCCAUGUCGAUAUGGAUAAUACCUAAUUCAAGUAACUCAUCCAAAUACCAUAACACCUUGAGACCAAGACUGAACAAUGAACAACAAGUUUUGAAAGAUUCAUACUUAUUUCCCGAGCCCUGUGCAAAGUGUGUGCUAAGAACGCACAGCCACAUGAAGAGGAUCAACUCGCUCAGCUUCAGUCCAGAUGGUCUGCUGAUAGCAACUGGAUGUGCAAAGGGCCAAGUGAUCAUUUGGUCUCUUCAAACUGGUGCUGUGUUACAAUCUUACUGUGGACCAGGAGCAACACAGAGCAUAAACUGGUGUGGGAACUCCGGCGUUGCUGCUUCAUUCGCACGUUCCAAGGAUGUCGUCAUGAUCCACUACAACCAUGAGUUUUAUGUGAAGCACCGUGUCUAUGCUGCAUCGUGUAUGGCACUGCUAAAGCAAAGCAUCGUGGGAUUGCAUCAAGCCCCUUGUCUGGCUGCUCUAAUUGAGAAAUUGCCCAGAAUCCUACAAGAACAAUAUAAUUAUGAGAAGUUGUAUGUUGUAUGUGGUGAGCAGUUGGUUCAUAGCUAUUUCCUGCAGUACCUUUGUACAUUAGCAGUGGCUCUGAAUCUUGACCGAGUUCUGUACAAUAUCCCGACACCUCCUCACCAUAAGCCCUCCCUCACAACCUCAACCACGGUCCAGGAAUGGAGUUGGCUGGCGUCCUACUGUACAGUCAUUAGAUCCAUGGAAGCUUUGAUGAAACGUAGUGAGUUCCCUCUAGAGUUCGCAGCACCCUCAGAUGAUGAGAGCAGUAGACAAGUUGGGGAUGGUAUUGCAGCAACUGAUAAUACGACAUGGACUCUGUUAAUGGAUGAGCAGAUUAUUACAUGGGCUACACAGCAACCUGAGGAUUGGCAGCUUGGUGGAAAAUGUGAUACGUAUCUGUGGGGUAGUGGUCGUCAUGGGCAGAUGGCUGAAACUGGACGUAGUGCCAUUCUCCCAACACUCACUCCAUCAUUAAGUAAUGUCCAGCAGAUUACUUGUGGUCAGAAUUGCACUUUUGUAAUCCACCCAAAUGGGACAGUUUCAGCAUGUGGGGAGGGUAGCUAUGGGCGUCUCGGACAGGGUAAUUCAGACGAUUUGCAUUCCCUCACUGUCAUUUCAGCUAUUCAAGGGUUUGUUGUGACUCAACUUGUAACGUCCUGUGGCUCAGAUGGACAUUCCAUGGCGCUGACAGAGAGCGGAGAAGUCUUCAGCUGGGGUGAUGGUGACUACGGUAAGCUGGGUCAUGGUAACAGUGACAGGCAGCGAAGACCAAGGCAGAUUGAAGCAUUACAGGGCGAAGAAGUUGUGCAGAAAAUCGAAAGUCUAAACAAUGUGGGUGUGAAGAAGGUGUGUUGCGGGACGCAGUUCUCAUUGGUUCUUACCAGAGAUGGAAGAGUUCUCUCCUUUGGACAAGAUCGUCUACUUGGGAUCCCAGAUAGCCGAAUACGUCCUACAAACCGACCCCAGCCUGUAACAGCAUUAGCUGGCUACUUCAUUGAGGAUGUUGCUGUUGGCUCUGAACACUCCUUAGCCCUGACUAGUACCGGUGAUGUGUGGGCUUGGGGAUCCAAUGCUGAGGGCCAAUUAGGCCUGGGUCACACUAACACUGUCAGAGAACCAGCCCUGAUAACUGUCUUGCAAAGCAAGAGCAUCAAGCAGAUAUCAGCUGGACGUAAUCAUUCUGCUGCCUGGACGGCCCCUCCUGUACCCCAGCGCACCCCUGGUAGUGCCACACAGAUACAGCUAGGUUAUCCUGAUUGUGUGCCAGCACGCUUCAAUGGAUUGCAGGAUUGCUCAAUUUUAUCAAUUCGAGCUCGACUUCGAAUUUUACACCACUUCUCCGACCUGAUGUACUCAUCGUGGAGACUUCUGCAUUUAAACCCACAGCAGGUCAAAUUGGGGACAUAUAACAUUGGAGUAAGCGGUCUUCUAGAUGGUCACCUGCGACCAUUACUUGCCCCAAGAGUGUACACAUUACCCAUGGUGCGUUCAAUUGGUCGGACUAUGGUUCAGGGGAAGAACUACGGCCCACAGAUUACAGUCAGAAGGCUGGCUACACGUGGUCGUAAAUCUAAACCGAUCUUCAGUCAGAUUGCCAAGCAAGUUGUCAAGUUACGCCCAUCUGACCUUCGACUGCCUUCAAGGGCGUGGAAGGUCAAAUUAAUCGGAGAAGGGGCUGAUGAUGCAGGGGGAGUGUUUGAUGACACCAUCACUGAAAUGUGUCAGGAGUUGGAGACUGGUGUUGUGCCCCUUUUGAUACCAACACCAAAUGCGUUGUCUGAUGCAGGACAAAAUAGGGACCGAUUCCUGUUGAAUCCAUUCCCUUGGUGUAAGGACUACCUGGAGAUGUUUAAGUUCUUUGGAAUUUUACUGGGUGUUGCCAUCAGGACUAAGAAACCAUUGGAUCUCCAUCUCGCACCAAUUGUCUGGAAGCAGCUUGUUGGAAUGCCUCUUCUUCCUCAGGAUCUCGAAGAGGUUGAUGUAUUUUUUAUGCAAGCUUUAAAGAAUAUCAAAGAUAUUGAUAAAAGCGGAAUACUGGAGGAGAACUUCCAUGAGGUUAUUCCAUUGUACUCGUUUGAAUGCCAAAGCUCGGAUGGCCGCUUCGUUCCUGUCAUAAGUGGAGGUCACAGCAUACCCUUAACAUAUGCAAACAGGAAAGAGUACGUAGAGAGGGCGCUAGCAUAUAGACUACAGGAGAUAGAGACACAGGUGAAUGCGGUACGUGAGGGGAUGUCAUGGAUUAUACCCGUUCCUCUACUUUCUCUAUUAACACCAUUACAGUUGGACUCUAUGGUAUGUGGUAUGCCAGAUAUAGCUAUUAUGAUGUUGAAACGAGUUGUAAGGUAUCGUGAACUGGAUGAGAAUCAUCAUCUCAUUAAAUGGCUGUGGAAAACGUUAGAAGAGUUUAGCAAUGAGGAACGAAUACUGUUCAUGCGGUUUGUGUCUGGACGGUCAAGAUUACCCAGUAACAUCGCAGAUAUUUCGCAGCGGUUCCAAAUCAUGCGUGUAGAUAGGGGUACUGAUGGCCUUCCCACGGCACAGACAUGUUUCUUCCAACUUCGUAUUCCUCCAUAUUCCAGCCAGGCGGUGAUGGCUGAGAGAAUGCGCUACGCCAUUAACAACUGCCGCUCAAUUGAUAUGGACAAUUACAUGUUGUCGCGCAACACAGAAUCAGGACAUGUAUCUGAUGAGGACUAGGCCUUGACAAUGAGCUAAUGGACCUUGCCACUAAGGCCUGCCCCUUGAAUAUCGUUGCUAUGGUCCCACAAAACAAAAGCUUAAAUUUAAAUAAAAAUGUGUGUUUGUAGGGCACACACAUUCAUGACCCGGAAAGGUCCAUUAUUUAGAACUAAGGACCAGAAAUGGAGUGCCAUCUGAUGCUGAAUAGGCCAUUAAUGAUGUGGAUGCAACAGUCCUUUCUGAUUUGGGCAUUAACAAUUUUUUUAAGUUCUCUAGUUGGUCACAUGGGCAGUAAUAAUGUUUUAAAAGCACAUGUUGAUGUUCAUUCAAGGAAUAAUUACACAUAUUUUAUAUAUAUCAAGGCUUUUGAGUAUUGUCCAAUGUUUUUUUUUUGUUUUUUUUUCUUAAUUCAUUAGGAAUGUAUGUAGGUAGUGUGAUGUAGGAUGGAAUGGAUAUAAUAUCAGUUGGAAAUUGUAUGCUACAAAUAAAGAACUCUGAAACUGCCAGGAAAGUGCUAAAUAUGAGCAGAACUUUUUAUUAUUAUCAGUGUUUUUAUUGCUUUAAUAAUUUAUUAUUAUUAAAUAACAGUAACUGCUUUUACAAGUCAUUUGGGAUGUCAUCAUUUUACCUUUUUUGUCAGUUGUCCUUUUUGUGCUCUGGGUAUAUAAAGAUCUUGUUUGCCAUAAUGACUCUACGAGAAUGUGGGUAGGUCCAGCCAUAUGAGUGACAAAUCAAUAGCGUAGACCUCGGGUAGAUGGGAACCUUUCAAUGUGGUACAGUAAUAUUUGGGAACGCUGAACUCAUAUGAUGUCUCGGGAUCAUUACAUUUUAUUAAAAGCCACAGUGGUGGUAGUCUUAUUUAUAUACGAUAUAUAGGUGGUGUUAGAAUCCUGCUACCAGCAAUAUGUGUAUUACAAAAUAUAAAGUGAGGUUUUCAAGCAAUAUUUCAUGAUUUCUAUAUUGAUCAGUGGAAUAGAAAAAAGUAUGAUUUUUUUUUUCGAAGGGUUUCUUUAAUGUGCCUUGUGUUUCUUUCAUGUGCCAUGUGCAUUGCCGUCCUUAUUAAUCGCCUAUAUGAAGAAUUUUUUUAGCAUAUGAGUAACCAAAUUGUUGUUAAGCAUUUUUUAGCAUAUGAGUAACCAAAUUGUUGUUAAGCAUACUGACUUAUUAAAUGCAAGUAUUGUAUUAUUAUUGAGUAUCAUUUUAUAGGUACCCUAUAUAUAUAUAUAAUCUCCCUGAAAGUGAGGUAUUGUUAUGUAUAUUGUUUAUGAUGGCAUGCAUUGUGUAAUACUGUAAUGGUUCUGUUGAUCUAGAAUUACUGAUAGCAACAUCAAGAAAGAACAUUAUCAAGACAUACUAGAAAAAUUAGGGUAUUUAUUUUUAAUAUAAAGACUCUCUCUGUUUUAUAAACUAAUUAUCAUAUGUUUGCCUCCAUAUUAAUAUUCAAUAAUUUAAACCACUUAAAAAUUGUCUUUUACUGAUAAAAAAUGUAUAAACAUUUUGACUGCCAAUUAAAGAUAAUAUUUUACUUCCUUAGCUACUGAAAAGUGGCAGCAAACUAGGUUAUUAAAAUUAAGAGUGAUAUUUUUUACUUCGUUACCAUAAAUUAGACCUUGUAAUUUUUUGAAAUUUAUUAGAAACCGUGUAAUGUUUAAAUUAUGUAAAUAAUUAUAGAGUUGUAGUUCUUUGAACCAAUUAUAAGAAACGGAACUUACCAGCUACGUUUCGGCUAGCUUCGGUAGCCUUGAUCACGCAAAUGAUGCCUUGUUGUUACAGUGACGUCAUUCAUGCUUCGGUGAUCUUGCAUUCAAGUUCUUACGUCAGCUUUUCGCUGGUUCCCCCUCCUCUUGUUACCAGCCCUACUGUUGGCCUUCGUAGUAAAUCAUCGUAUAUGCGGCUGAGAUCAUGUCCUCCUUGAUCCCGAUUAAUGUUGUUGCUAGUUUUGCGUAUCCAUAGUGGUUUAAAUUCUGGUCUUUUUAAUAUUAAUUACUCCAAGAAUUAAUUUGUUUUGAGUAGAAUUUAUGUCAAGUCAUCUUGUGUAUGUAAGGACAUAAUUGUGCAAUUGAGUCCACAAACGUACAUACGCAACGCUGUUGGAAUCCAGUUGUUAAUUCUAAGAGACCAAGCUGCUUCCAAAUCGGUGCAAUUUUAUUAACAUUGCUUAACACAUCAGUGUUAUUUUUUUUUGUAGAAAUAAUUAACAAUCAAUGUUUAAUGGCAUCCGUUUGUUUUUUUAUUGUUUUGCAAUCUUUUGCUUAAUCAUUUUUAUUGAUUAUUGUCAUGAACGUCUUAAGUUGUUUAUUAAACGACGAUAACACUAG